CUGUUUGGCGUUUGCAACUGGCAACGUUCCCGUUCUGGGCUCGCUCAGUCAACGUGUAGCCAGCUAAAGUUAAACUACACAACUUUGAACAACGAAAAACAGAGGGAAGAAAAACCAACAGAAUGGCGAACCGGGAACUUGAAUUAAAUUCCGGAAUGCGCUGCGCCAAAUAUAUGCUCAUUAUAGUGAGCUUUAUGUUUGCGCUGACAGCCAUACUACUGAUCAUGGUGGGUACAACCAUUCAGGCGAUUUUCGGCGAUUUUAGUCUCUUCAUUGAUGGACACUUCUCGUCCCCGCCCGCGCUCCUAAUUGCCAUUGGUUUCAUACUAAUUGCGGUCGCCACCCUGGGCGCCUAUGGAGCUGUGAAGGAGAGCGUUAUGCUCAUUAAUGUGUACGGCGUCUGUCUGUUCCUCGUCUUUUUGCUCGAGGUGUCGGCAGCUAUUGCCGCCUUUGUGAUGCAAUCCCAGGUCCGCGAAAUGCUGAUGCGCACCAUGACCGAUGCCCUGGCUGAUUACGAAACGGAUACCAACGUCGCUGCAGGAGUCGACUUUAUGCAAUCUGGCUUGGGCUGCUGUGGUGUUAGGGAUCCCGAUGAUUGGAAGCUGUACUACUCGCCCAAUCAGAACAUGUCCCACCUGGAUUCGGAUGAUGUUGUUGUGCCGAUCUCAUGCUGUGGUAGCCUGGCCCAGGAUCCCAACGAUAACGACGAGGUGAACUGCCUGGAGCCCUUCGAAUAUGGCUGCUUCCGGAAGAUGAACUUCAUACUGUCGCAGAGUGCGAUGCUCAUUGCCACUGGAGCGACAACCGUUGCCUUUGUCCAGCUCCUGGGCGUGCUCUGUGCGUUCAUGCUGGCCAAGACGCUCCGGCGCAACAAGUCGAUACGCGAGGCACGUCGCUGGCAACUUCAACAGAGCCUCGGCGUUCUCAUUUCGGGCGGCAAGAUGGGUCUGCCGGCCAACUCGGCGAUGAGCGGCUACCAGCAGCUGGAGAAUAGCAGGGAGCCGGGCACACAUGAACCGUACACCUACACGCCCCAGAGUCCCAGCGUCAAUUAAAAAUCAACAGCAAUAUAAUGUAAAAUAUAUGUAAUUUCGUAAUCAAAUGCCAAAGUGAAAUUCAAAUAAAAUGCAGCCUCAAACGAUUAAGUUUAGGACUGCUCACCCAA